AUGGAUCAAGCACUACAAUCAAAUCGAUUAAGUGUACUAAAAUAUUGCAAUUUAAGUGAAAAAGAUAUUGAAAGUGAUGUCGAUAUAGUUUUAUCAUCAGUUAAACAAUUACCGCAUUUUCCAAAAUUCAAAGAAGUUGGAUUUGUCUUAUGCUUAAUAAGAAAAAAUAUUUAUCCUGAAUUUUUUGAUAAUUGGGAUCUGUGUAGUCCUGAAUUUGUAAAUACACUAGAUGUUUGUCGAAUUAUACCACUUCCACGUCUCACAACAGAAUUAGAUCGCAUCUCUGUGAUAGAAGUAACAGAUAAAUUAUCUGACAUUUACGAUCCAAUUACACAUGCAAAGAUAUGUCUAAUGGGCUGGGAAACUCGAUUUCAAUACGAUUAUAAUGUACGAGAGAUUCUAGUAAUUGAUGCCUCAAAAGUUAAUAUGACUUUGAUAAAAAAGUUAACACCAUCUUUGAUCAAAAAAGGCUUUGAUGUUGGUAUUAAAGGUUAUAGCCUUCGACUUGCUGGAGCACACGUUCUGUAUCCACCAAGUGGUCUCUCCAUUAUAUUAAGUAUUGUAAAAGUUAUAAUGAAACCAAAAUUAUACGAACGAAUUUAUUUACAUAACAAUUUAGAAUCGUUGCAUAAAGUAGUUCCUAAAGAAUUGUUACCAAAAAAUUAUGGUGGUGAUUUCCCUGACAGCCAAACAUUAUCAGAUCAAUGGUAUAAUAUACUGAGAAAUAAUCGUCUAAGUUUAAUGGAAGAAUCUCAAAGGCGUACUGAUGAAUCCAAGCGAAAUGUUAAAUUAAAUGACGAUGAAUUUUUUGGACCGAUGCAUGGAUCAUUUAAAAAAUUGGAAUUUGACUGA